AUGGCGGCCACGGCCGAAAAGGAACCACCGGCGGGGACGGUGCCGGCGGCAACGGUGGCGAACCCUGCACCAGCAACAACCGGAGCGUCCCGUGCACGGUCAGCCAACAACCAAACGCAAAACAAUCAACCGGACGAAAUACACUACGUCAACCCGUUCGUGCACAAGCUCGUGUGGGAUGAUCCGGUCGACAAGGCGAAGACCGCACUGUUGACGGUGAUACUGCUGCCAUUCCGUGUCGUGCUAAUUCUCGUCUGUCUGGUGGUGGCGUGGGCCCUCGCCAAUAUCGGCCUGUACGGACUGUCCAAAGAAGAUCUGCGCACAAAGCCUUUGGCGGGCUGGAGGCGACAGCUGCGCCAGCUAACCGCGCUCGUGAUGCGCGCGCUGUUCCUGUUCGGCUCGUUCAACUACAUCCGGUACAAGGGUGUGCGGGCAUCGCCGAAGGAGGCACCGGUAAUCUGUGUGGCGCCCCAUACCGCCUUCUACGAUUCCGUGUGCGUCGUCCUGUUCGGACCGUCGGCGGUCGUCGCCAAGUACGAGACGGCUUCGCUGCCAUUCUUUGGAAAACUGAUUGACUAUGCCCAACCGAUCUACGUGUGCCGGGAGGAUCCACACUCGCGCCAGACGACGAUCCGGGAGAUUAUACAGCGCGCCAACUCGAAGGAGGACUGGCCCCAGAUACUCAUCUUCCCGGAGGGCACCUGCACGAAUCGGACAUCGCUGAUCAAGUUUAAACCGGGCGCCUUCUAUCCGGCCGUACCGAUCCAACCAGUCCUGAUGCGCUACCCGAACAAGAUCGACACAGUCACCUGGACCUGGGAGGGCCCGAACGCCAUUCAACUCCUGUGGCGCACACUGACGCAAUUCCACACGUUCUGCGAAAUCGAGUUUCUUCCGGUGUACUACCCGAACGAGGCGGAGAAAGCGAAUCCGAAGCUGUACGCCGACAACGUGCGUAUGCUGAUGGCCAAAGCCCUGGACAUCCCGAUCUCGGACUAUACCUUUGACGACUGCAAGAUGAUGACGUUUGUCAAGAACGUCGGUAUGCCCCACCCGGCAUCAAUUGCAGACAUCGAGAAGUUGCGCGAAACACUUCGAAUUGAUGUAUCCGAUCGGGAGCGUACGAUUGUGAAGAGCCAGCGUGAGUUCACCGACGCGAACAGCUUGCUCACGUACGCACAGUUCACCCAGCAGAUGCAGAUUGAUCCAUCCCAGGAGGCGGCACACAAUCUGUUCCAUAAAUUGUACAGGCCUGGAACUCCGGACGUUAUCGAUUUCAGAGAGUAUCUUUUACUUGCCUUAUUUCUGGUGACACUCUACAAGCCGAAGUUAGUCUUUGUUGAGUUACUUUUUCACCUGUACGGUGUGGAUGGACGUGUGGAUCGUAACCAGCUGCACGAUACGCUCAAGUAUCUCGUGCGUAUCGCGCGCAAAGAUGUAAACAGUAUCUUCCAGCAGGCGGAUCUCGACAAUCUUGGAACUAUUGGCUACGAUCAAUUUCUAAAGGCACUCGAGCACAAUCCGCUGCUGACAAAGCUGCAGAAAAAUAACGAUCCCAACAACUUAAGACUGGGCUAA